AUGGAAUCCAACAAUCAAGAAGACUUUGUGAACCAAGAAGUUGUUGACCUUGAUCAAGAAGACCAAGAUAACAACAGCUUAGGAGUUGGGAGAUCAUAUGAGUGUGUAUUUUGCAAAAGAGGGUUCAACACAGCUCAAGCUUUAGGUGGGCAUAUGAACAUUCAUAGAAAAGAUAGAGCAAGAAACAAGCCUUCUUCUUCUUCUUCACUUGAUCUUGUUCUGAAUUCUAGCAAUGAUAUAAUUAGUAGUAGUAAUCAUGACCCAAGAUUCUACCAUCAGAUCAAUAUCAUCCCAACUUAUCAUCAUCAACCUCACUUCUUCCCAUCUCAUGAUCACCAACAACAAUUCAUGAAUCAUAGAUCAUCAUCAUCAUCAUCAUCAAACUUCCAAUAUUCUUCAGUUCCGGCGCAACCCUUUUCUCCAAAUGAUCAUUACUUCAAUUACAAUCAUCAAAUAGGGUUCAAUCCAUUUGGGUUUGAUCAGUGGAGCAUGAGUUUCCACAAUAAUAUGCCAUGUAGCUCUUCAGCCCAUGUGGAAGACCUUGAAAAGAGCAGAAGAGGAGUCAGUCAAGAAGAGGAGCUGGAUUUGGAGCUUCGACUUGGUGGUCCUUUAUGAAUUAAUAUCAACUCCAUUGAGGAGGAAAACUUGCAUAGUCGGGAGAUCAUCAUGACAGCAGCAAAUUAAAUCAUCGAUGACGGAUUCAUUCUUCACUUUUCAGGUAAAUAAGACAGACGUUUCUGAGGUGGCUUUAUUUUCCCUUUGAAUGGAAGCUACUUUAAUCCCAAAUUUAGUACUCCCUCUGUCCCA